GAUAUCUGAGAAAAAUAAAAGUAAUAGAGCGAAGCAACAAACAAACCACACGGCUGGAUGAACCUCCUUCGUAAGACUAAUGCAAAUGAGGUCUGAGAGUGAUGAGCACCUUAUUGAUUUCUUUAAAGAGGUGAGGUGGAGUAAGAAGAAGGGUAAAUUUGUGACUCCAGCGACGGAAGAGAAACAUAAUGAAAUGGUUGCCAAGUACUCUAAGUUAGAGCCUGAGAAGCAGACUAAGGAUGUUGCUGCAUCAAUCUUUAGGGAGGUACUAGGCCACAGGCCAGGGUAUGCAAGGGGGUUGGGGGAGAUGGUUAUCCCCGAGUCAUCUAGACAGAACACUGCAGAAAAAUUUGCAGCAUUAACAGAACGUGCAGAGAGGCAUGAGAAGGAUGCUGAGUAUUACAAGAAUCAAUUGGAAGAAUUACGGGAGAAUGUAGAGAAAGUGUUGGCGAAGCAAGCCGAGUACGACAAAUUAUUAAGUUCAUACAUGGAAUCACAGAGGCAAACCCAAGGAGAGUCUCAUAGAGAAACUCAAGGACCUGCAUAGGCAAUUCCAUUUUUAGUCAAUAAGUUUUUUGUGCGUUUUUUGUAUGACUUUGGUUUCUGUAGGCUGGGACCAAAUCAAGAAGUGAAAAAGGUGCAUAUCUAUGAUUCUCUAACCUUAUAUAUAUAUAUAUAUAUAUCUAAAAUAUUAAUUAGUCCCCUUAAAUAUUGCUCUUUUUCUUAUCAUAUCACAAAAUUGCAUGUUUUUUGUGAUUUUCUAAGUACC